AUGAAGCUUCUUCUUGUGCUAGCUCUCAUCGGAGCUGCUUUCGCCUAUGGAGGCAAAGACAGUAUGCUGUCCAGCAACCGUAUUCAUUCCGAAGAUGGUCUCAUAAGCUCAACUUGUGAAGAGUGUGAAGGACUCGUCAAACGAUUCGUUCUUGCUUCUCACGAUGAACAGAAGAUGAGAGAGUUCAAGCUCUUACUUUCUGCUUUGUGCCACGAGACGUCAUAUGUCGAAGAAUGCAAAGUGUUCGUCGCCAAUAUUGAUAAAGUCAUUCAUAAAUUGGAACCUUAUCUGUCUGACUCUCACAGAGUUUGCAAAGCUUUCCGUUUCUGCGCCAACUCUCGACUUGAUGCUUUCCACCGUGUCGGACUCCUCUAUGCCAAGAAGGCCCUUGAUCAGAGCGAAGGAAUGAAGGAUCUUGCUUGUGACGAAUGUCAAUUUGCUGCUAACGAGCUCAAGCAGUUGGUAGAAGAUAAAGAAAAGCAAAAAUCCAUCAAGGAAUUCUUCUCCAAGAGCGUUUGCAUCUACGCUUACAGCUACCGUGGCAUGUGUGACAUGCUCGUUGAACAACUCCUCCCAACAUUCUUCGAACAACUUGAUGCCGCACUCCAAGUCCCCAAAAAAGCUUGUGCUUCCAUUGGUUUCUGCCCUAAGGAGAAAGAAAGCUUCCGUUUGUUGCCCAUUGCUCAUAACAAAGGCACUCUCAGAAAUUUCUGGGCUGGAGCUAAAACUCUUCAAACCAGCCAAGGUGUAGUUCUCAAAUCUUGCUUGGAUUGUGAAUUGGAAUGUGACGAGAUGCUUCAUCUUCUCGAAGAAGACAAAAAUGGAGUCGCCAAGAUUAUCCAAAACUUUGCUUGCAAUGAUAUUCUCCCUAAAAAUUUCACUGCUUCCUGUGAGGACUUCAUGUCCUUAUAUCUCCCUACCGUUGUUUACAUGACAAUCAAGCAAUAUACUGCUCGUGGUAUCUGUGAGAAAUCGGAUGCUUGUAACUCGAAAUCCGUAAUGAACCUUGACGCUCUUUCUCUUCAAGAGAAAAUGAGCCUAAGAAACGAAGCAUGCACUGGAACCAUGGAUUACUUGAAGACUGCUUUACUUGAGCCUGAAGUUCAACACAACGCUGUCGCAUCAAUUCACUCUGAAUAUUGUCAAAGAGUUCCAUCAUUCUGGAGAGAAGGGUGUUUCAUGUUCACUGCCAAGAUGAUCCCUAAGCUCAUCGAAAAGUCAAGUCUCAUUGCUGAGAGUCAUGUUCUUUGCCAACGUCAUCAGUAA